UUAUUAUAUUCGGUGCACUAGCUGUUGAAUUUGGACGUGAGCAGGCUAACUGUAACGUUGACGUCGCCUCUAUUAAACCUGCGUCAGCUAAGGAAAACAAACAGCGUCCCGUUACGCUGAAAGCAAACAGGCCGGUGAUUGACAUGUUGCCUGUGCUGGUGGUCCAUGGAGGGGCGGGUCAUAUCCCAGAGGAGAGAGCUGAGAGGUCCACUGCAGGAGUGUGUUCAGCAGCCCGAGCCGGGUACGCUGUCUUCCAGAGAGGAGGCAGCAGCAUGGACGCUGUGGUGGAGGCUGUGACCCAGCUGGAGAACAACCCCUCCUUCAAUGCAGGGUGUGGAUCAGUGCUGAAUGUUAAAGGAGAGGUGCAGAUGGACGCCAUUGUGAUGGAGGGGAAGACACUGGCUAGUGGUGCCGUCUCUGCUGUUCGCAACAUAGCAAACCCUGUCCAGCUUGCAAGACUGGUCAUGGACAAGACCAGUCAUGCCUGUCUGACAGCAGAGGGUGCCAAUCAGUUCGCCCGGUUAAUGGGUGUCCCUGAGGUGACCCAAGAGUCUCUCAUCACUGAGUACUCCCGCAUGCGCUGGAAAAAGAACCUGGCCCCUGACGCCAACCCUGUGGAGUGCCAAAUGGGGAAGAUGGGAACAGUUGGAGCCGUGGCUGUUGACAGCGAAGGAAACGUAGCCUGUGCGACCUCGACCGGUGGGAUUCUGAACAAGAUGGAAGGACGGGUGGGUGACACCCCCUGUAUAGGAUGUGGAGGGUAUGCAGACAACCAGGUGGGAGCCGUGUCGACUACAGGCCACGGAGAAGCCAUCAUGAAGGUUACACUCGCCAGACACAUCCUGUUCCACAUGGAGCAAGGUCAGUCAGCAGAAGCAGCCAGUGACUGGGGUCUGGCCUACAUGAAGUCCCGGGUGGGGGGCCUGGGCGGGGUGGUGACGGUGGAUCCACAGGGCAACUGGGCAGCUCGCUUCUCCAGUAAGCAAAUGUCAUGGGCUGCAGUCCAGAAAGACAUCUUACACUACGGCCUGUACACUGGAGAACACAUCACGAAGAGCAUCGCUGAGCCACAAUGAAAGAGAACACAAGCAUUGAGGAUGAAGGGACAGA